AUGAAGAAGGUUUGGGCUUCUAAAUGGAAUGAAAGAGCAUAUAAAAACAGGAAUCAUGAUACAUUAUGCAUUGGUAUUUUGAUUCAAGAACAUAUUAGAGCUGAUUAUGCCUUUGUCACAUACACAAAUCAUCCUGUGUCUCGUGACUCCUCACAGAUAUACACAGAUGAUGCAGCUUCUCGGGGAAUUGCUGGUGUAGGCUUUGAUGUUGUGCAAUACGGUUGA